AUGGGCAAGAAUACUUUUGGGUGGCCGCCUGCUCCUUCAAUUCCUUUACCAUGGCGUCCUCGUCUCUAUUCAAAGCGACCUCUUUUGGAGCCGAGGGGACCAGUUUCAAACAUUCCCCACAGGCCAAAGUCUCCCAUGAAGAUCUGUGAAAUCCGGCCAGCUGAAGCAGAGAAAAGAAUUUGUGCAAGAGAUAUGGAAUCAAUGCUUGAUUUUGUCCACCGCUCCGUCGGAUCAGAGAGGGACUUCAAAAUUGUGGAAACCAAGCACCCUACAACGCUUUCCUUGGCCAUUAUGACGUUGAACAUGCAAAGAUUGCCAAGGUAUCGCUUGGUGUCGGUGGUGACAAUGGGAGAUAAAGUGGAAGCUAUUGCUAUUUGCCAUAUGGACUCCUCAGGUUGGAGCUUUGAUCAUAUUGCCUGA